AUGCACUCUCUUAAAUUGAUUGCAGGUGAUGACUGCAUUGCUCUAAAAGCUGGCUCUCCUAGCAUCAAUGUUACUGAAGUUAAAUGUGGACCAGGUCAUGGGAUCAGUAUUGGAAGUCUUGGAGAAGGAGCUGAUGACCAAGUGGAGCAGGUGCAUGUGACAAAUUGUGCUUCCAAUGCGACUCAGAAUGGAGCAAAGAAUCAAGACAACAACGGUAAACGUAUUGGAAUAUAUGGAGGAUCAGGGUUUGCAAGGGAGAUUUCUUUUGAACAGAUUACACUAAUAGCAUCUGGAAACCCGAUAGAUAUCGACCAACAUUAUUGCAAUGGCAACGAUCACCAUUGUCCGGAUGCGGGAAAAGCAGUAGCUGUUAACAGUGUAACUGUAACAUACAGAGGAUUUUAUGGAACUUGUGCAGAUGAUGAAGUGAUUAAUUUGGAUUGCAGUAAUCAAGGUCGUAUCGGCAUCACCAUAGACAAUGUGAACGUAACCUCUUCACUGCAAGGACAGCAGCUUCAAGCCAUUUGCAACAAUGCACAUGCAAGAGCUACCUCAACUUUACCUGUCAUAUCUUGCCUGUUGCCUUGA